GUCUCCAGAUGAUCUUUCACAUGUUAGAGUUUUGUUGUUUUGAUUGAUCACUUUUCUAAUUUAAUUAUUUGCAUUUAAUUUUCUAAUUGUGAUCCUGUUCUUUGAUUAUUUAAAUUGGCAAAAUGGUUCGUUUCUUCAACGAUGCUCUCAAUCGACCACCACCAGUCAAUAGGAAAGUUAUUCCAGCUCUUCCACCCGAUGUUGUGGUCAAUAGGAAACCAAUUAAAUUGGCAUCUAAAUGGUUGCGCCAUGGAUCUGGUCGUUUAAUUUUAAUUGGUAAAUUAGUUACUGAUUUAAUUAAGUUCGAAAGGAUCACUUUACCUCAUCAUCGAGCUUUGGAAGUUCAAGGAUACACUGAACGGUUAAUCACUGAAGCCAUGAGGAAUGGAGAUCGUCAUAUCCCUACCAUGGAAUUAGCUGAUUUCUAUAUUCAUGAGAAACAGUUGGUCCAUAAGCUAUUCAAAGUUCUGGUUCCCAGGUACAUGGAUUAUACCCAAUCUUUCACCAAAUUAUGGUUAUUAUCCGAUACAAGGGAUAGAGAAGAUGUUAUUCUUGGAAAAUGUAGAUUCUAUGACAGAGGUUGCCUUGAAUUAAAAGGUAAUCCACUUCCACCAAUCGAACCACCCAAAUAUACUUCACGUAAAAGUUAUCUAACUAACGUCCUCUUGGAUGCGGCAAAAAAGGAUUUCUAUGCAUCCAAACAGUUUAAAAAAUCAAGUGAAGAUUCAAAUCAUAAUGAAAACGCAAUUAGUUGAACAUUUGUGAUGAUUUUUAUUUGACUUUGUUUCAUGAUUUCUAAGUAAUAAUAAUAAUAAGUUAAUUAAAUGAUAGAAUUGCUGUUAGAGCUGUUUAAAAUAA